AUGUCGGUCGUCUGCCACCGAGGCACCGGCCUCACCGCGCGCGCGGCACCCCGCGCGCCGCCGCGCCGCGUCGCCCGCCCCGCGAUCGUCACCCGCGGGGCGGCCGUCGAUGGGGCGUCGUCGUCGUCGCAGGAUCAGCAGCCGCGAUCGCAGCAGCAUCGGCAGCAGCGUUCGCCCGGGUUGUUCGGGCGUCGCGCGCUCGGCGCGGGGGCGGCGCUCGUCGCGUCCACCCUCCUGGAGUCCACGGCGUUAGUACCCCCCGCGCGCGCGUUCACUCGCCCGCCCCCGGGGUACCGCCCGUUCAACGACACCAUCGACGGGUACAAGCUCUUCCGGCCGGAGGAUUGGAUCGAAGUCAAGGGAUCGGGCAACGACGUGUUCUUCCGGAACCCGUCGUCGGUGGAGGAGAACAUGUUCGUGUCCAUCUCGUCCCCGUCAUCCACCAAGUUCGCGUCGCCGAGGGAUCUCGGCACCCCCGACGAGGCGGCCCAAAAGAUCCUCGCGCAGUACCUCAACGAGUUCAUGUCGUCGAGGCUCGGCGUCCGCCGCGAGAGCUCCGUCGUGAGCGCCAGGGAACGGGAAGGAACGGACGUGGACGGCGAGCCGAUGCUCUUCUACGACGUGGAGCUGCGGAUCAAGUCGUACGCGGCUAAGAACCAGUACGGCCUGACGGAGGCGGACAGGCCGCAGUUUUUGGAGUGGGACCGGACGCUUUCGUCAACGUUGGGCGUCGCGAACAACCGGCUGUACGAGCUUCGGUUUCAGACCUCCGCUCUGGACGUCGACGAGGCGGAGUGGCGCGCGCGGUACGGGGUGAUCAAGGACUCGUUCAAGCCCUUCGACGUGGACCAGUCCAACCUGUCGUUCCCGCUGUUCUGA